GAAUGUAGUGAAGGGGUGCCACUUGGCGGCCAUGGCAGCUGUAGUAUCUGUGACUGCGGGUCAAAGCCCUGCAGAGUGGAGUAAUGUGGGCAGCACCGGGCGUAGGGCAGAGACAGCUUUGUGUCGGCUUCGCUGCUGAAUACCUAAGACCCGUCGUUAGAGACUUGUAGGACUCCUUUCCCCAUUGUAGACUCGGAGGAGAGUUUGCCGGGACUGGUGGGCUGGUCCCAGCCUGUGGGGAUCACCAGCAGGGUGCCCCCAGGGAACUAGGGGCUCCGAGAGAACGAACAAGUUCGCUUGGGUUUUCCUUCUUUUCCUGCUGCCACCUGAGACGUUGUCUGUGGAGGGAGUGGGCCCAUUGUGCCAUCCUCAUUCCGACGAUUGAAGAAGUCGCUCUUUUGCAUCUUUUCCCCAUUGCUUUUCCCUUCUGUAACUGUUACCCACCGGAAUCCAGUGACUGGCGUCUGAAAACACGGGGGCUAGGACCUAAGACUGCCGAAAGUUCUUUCUGGUGCUAAUAGCAGCAAAAGGGGGCUGUUUCCAGGUACGCUCAAGAGAAAGGUGCCUCGAACAUUUCUGGUGGGGAGGACGAAAGAACUGGAAAGUCUACUUGCUCUCUUGGAAUCACCACACGCGUUUAAGAACCUAAGCACCCUUUGAAGACACUGAAAAUUUGUAGUCUGGUGGUGGUAGGUGAAUAAAGGAGGGCAGAAUGGAUGAUUUCAUCUCCAUUAGUCUGCUGUCUCUGGCUAUGUUGGUGGGAUGUUACGUGGCUGGAAUCAUUCCCUUGGCUGUUAAUUUCUCAGAGGAGCGACUAAAGCUGGUAACAGUUUUGGGAGCCGGCCUUCUCUGUGGAACUGCACUGGCGGUCAUCGUGCCUGAAGGAGUACACGCACUUUAUGAAGAUAUUCUUGAGGGAAAACACCACCAAGCAAGUGAAACACAGAAUGUGAUUGCAUCGGACAAAGCAGAAGUACCAGUUGCCCAUGAACACGAGCACAGCCAUGACCACACACAGCUGCAUGCCUACAUCGGUGUUUCUCUCGUCCUGGGUUUCGUUUUCAUGUUGCUGGUGGACCAGAUUGGCAGCUCCCACGUGCAUUCUACUGAUGAUCCAGAAACAGCAAGGCCUAGCAAUUCCAAAAUCACCACCACGCUGGGUCUGGUCGUCCAUGCUGCAGCUGACGGUGUUGCAUUGGGAGCGGCAGCUUCUACUUCACAGACUAGUGUCCAGUUAAUUGUGUUUGUGGCAAUAAUGCUACAUAAGGCCCCAGCUGCUUUUGGGCUGGUUUCCUUCUUAAUGCAUGCUGGCCUAGAGCGGAACCGAAUCAGAAAGCACUUGCUGGUCUUUGCACUGGCAGCACCAGUUAUGUCCAUGGUGACCUUCUUAGGAUUAAGUAAGAGCAGUAAAGAAGCCCUUUCAGAGGUCAAUGCCACUGGAGUGGCCAUGCUUUUCUCUGCCGGGACAUUUCUUUAUGUUGCCACAGUACAUGUCCUCCCUGAGGUGGGCGGAAUGGGACACAGUCACAAACCCGACCCCACUGGAGGGAGAGGCUUCAGCCGCCUGGAGGUAGCAGCCCUGGUUCUGGGUUGCCUCAUUCCACUCAUCCUGUCAAUAGGACACCAGCAUUAAAUGUUCAGGUUCCAGCCUCCGUCCAUGGCCGUUUGCCAUCCAGUGAGAACAGCCCGGCACAUGACAGCCGCUCACUUCCUCAGUCUCUUGUCUCACAUUGCCCAUCUCCACCUGUAUUCCUAGAGUAUGGAGGGAGGUGAGAUUAAAACCUGGAGUAACAGAAAGCUUUUAGAGUAGAAACAACACAUUCCCUUGUGUUGUCUUUUAAAGGGCCCUGGGCAUUUUGAGUUUUGAUGUUUCUCUUAACCCUAUUCUCAGGGAAGGUGGAAUUCGGUUUUAAGGAAAACUGGAGAACUUCAUACUCACGAUGACAGUACAGUGUUCUGUAAUUAAGGUAAAUCUCUUUCUUAGUUUAGAGGCUCUGCCACUUUAUCCAUUGACUUUUAACAUGGUUCUCGCCGUGUAAGACUGGUGCUUUAGCAUCUAUGCCAUAUGCCUUGUUAGAAGGUCAUAAUGGCCACUGUCUUAGAUGCUAAAGAUAACUGUAGUUAACUGGGGGCUAGUCAGGAAAAUGAUAGCAAGAUAUGUUGAAAGUUGACUUUAUAUCCAAGAAAGAGAUACCCACUUAAAAGGGGACAUCUGGAGGACUUAACACCUCCUGUGCCUGUGAACAGAGCCUGCCAAUCCACCAUGGAGGUGUAGCUUCUAAGGAGGUGACUAGUUUUCAGUAGCAUUUGUUUUCAAAUUCUCCUUUGUAGAGCACCUGCCUCCAACACAUUCUUAUAGAGGAGCCGAGUUCUAGUAGGUUCAGGCCUAACUUUCCUUCAAGAACAGUCAGAUCCCAAAGCAUCUUUGCAAAUAAGGCGGUGUUAAAUUUUAAGUGAAUUUGGAUAGUUACAUCUUUGUAAUAACCUUUUUAAAAAUAAGAUUACCAAAACCUGUGUUUUUGUUGUUUUUUUUUUUGGUUUUCUUUUUAAAUAUUCAGCUUAGCAGACAAGCAGUUCCUCUGACAAAAUACUUGUUGUCCCUUUGGGAGUGCUAGGUUUGUGUCACAUAAGCACUUGUAGCAGUGAAGAAAGUCAAGAUGUAUCACAGAUGGGAAGUGUUUGCCUGUUCAUGUAAAGCUUAUUGAAAUCAUGUCUCUUGUCCCUUCAUCUUUUCCAUGCUUUUCUCCUAACUUCUCCCGCCAACCACUCCUCCUUACAAUUUGCAACUUACUUCUGGUGGCAAUGUUAAUAUUUAUGAAUUGAGUUCUUAUCAGGACAACACUUCUUGAACUUUGAUGAUGAAGAUAGUAUUGUCUCUCUUUAUUCCCUUCAGUGAAGUUACCUUUGUGUCAGAUGCAGCUUUGUUAAGCCCUUAAAAUAUCACUUCCUCAUGUGUGAGAUGACACAAUCGCUAAUAUUAUGGUAACUUAAACAAAUGAGAUAGUAAGUGUUUAGCAAACUAGGAUGAUUUUUCCGUAUUUGCCAAAAUCCCUGUAAACCUUUUGUUAUCUAAUAAGUAUAUAAUAUUGUAUUGUUAAUUUAUUUUUGAUUUUCUGUACCAUUUCAAAAAUACAUUACAUAAAGAGGGAACCAAGACUUCUUCAGAGCAGUGGAUUUAGAAGUUUGUAAAAUGUUUUACAUGACGCAUUUGCCAGCAUGCCUAUGAUUUAUUUCCUUCCUAGAUUUGUCAUUGGGUCAGCAGAUGUGGACGUAGAACUUGCGGGCCCUCUGCUGGCUAUAGAACAAAAUAGCAUAAAUAGGAUUUGGUUUUGUAUAGUGGCUGGCAACCAUUGCGUACAAUAUUAAAAUAGACGGAAGGUACAGUGUGGAAAGUCUCAGUGACUUUCCUGAUAACAACUCUGACUUAGGAGAGUCAUGGGGUUUAUCUGGUCCUUCAAAAUGACAUGGUUGUGUAGAUUCUCCCUGGAAAUUGACUUCGUUAAGUGAAUAGCACAUUUUAGUGUCUGGUUUGGUUUGGAUAGUAGCACUUUCUAUCAUAUUGUUGUGUGCAAUGAUGAGAGAUUUGUUCUGCUGGCCAAAGCCUCUUUUCAGCAGUGCCUUGACAUCAUGCUUCACAGUUUGGCUAGAAUUUCUUGCUGUUAUGGCCUUGAGCUCUGGCAAGUGUUGAACCUUGUAACUUCCAAAUUUGCCUUCCCCUCUGGACCUCACGGUAACAGGCAAACCUUUCAGGGCCUAUCAGCUCUCAGAAGCUGUGGGCUUUCCCAGAUUUUAAAGCUGCUGCCUCAGGAACUACUCACUUCUCUCCUGGUCAGCACGCAGACAUAGCCAUACCAACCGUAUAGGGCUCACAUGCAUCUUCAGGCAGCAGGGGGCUGAGUAGCACGGCAGAGGCCUCCUUCACUGCGGGGGAAAACUCACUCAUGGUGGGCAGUGUUCCGAGAGAGACCACAUCGAUGGUCACUUAUUGACGCAUUUCGCUUCCGUUUCCUCUUGUUUAAAACUUGCCUCCUUAGAUGUGGAUGCCUUAAUGCUCUCACACAUUUGAAAACAUUGGCAAUACUGAAGUCGCUGCCAUAAUUACAGGUGGAAUAAUUGGCGACCAAAGAGAUGCGAUUGAUGAUGUAAAGUAUGGUCCUUCCUUCCUCAUCACCAAAGUUAAUUGCAAUUUGACUCCCUUUCUUUGGUAGGGAUAGACUUUCUUCAGAUUGAAAAAUAUUACUGAUCCAUUCCCCUCACUUGUUCUCCAAGGAAUCGCUUAUCCGUCCCUAUUUCCCCAAAGCAGUGAUGUUCUAGGACCAGCAAUUUUCCUGUGCGUGCUAUUGCCAAGUUCCUUUUUUUAGGCAAAGGCUCUGCACUGGAGUGUAGACAGCUGGAAAUGGUACCGCCUACAGAGGCUAUGUGUUCUCUCUUCCCACCCCCCUACCCCAUCUCUUUUUAUUUCCCUAUUCAAAACAGCCGAGAUAGCCCUAUUCCUGUAUUUUGAAUCAUUAGAAAAAAAGAGAGAGGUGGCCAUUUUGAGUGGUCAGUUCUUUGUAGAAAGGAGAAGAUGUAAUUGUUUUUUACCGGCCUGCUUCUAAGUGUCACUGCCUAGUUUUUAUCUUUUUCAAGAAUCAGAACUAGGAGGACACACCAGCAUCGGAGUGUAUUAAGCCCCUCAGACACAUGGUAGCUAGGUACUGAACACAGGAACAGCACAAGCCCCCAGAGAACGUUCCUACCUACGGGGCAUCUGGGCCCCUGGGGAGAUCAAGAAUAAUGACCAGAUUCUUCCAAAACUGCUACAGUUCCAGGAGAGAACCCUCUGUAGGUGUUCUUCAGGGGAACCUUUCUCGGAUUAGAAAAUUUCUGCUCAAUACAAAAUGGUCCACAUGACUCAAAGAACGCUGUUGGAGAUGCUGUGAAAUUAAAACCAAUGAUGUGGCCCCUUUGUACCUGAGACACCUAGAUUCACCUGAGAAGACCUGAGGGAAAUCUGUGACUUGUAGCAAAGGACUGGACAACCAUUAGGAAUUCUCUAGAUGUGCUCAGCUUAACAUAAAGAGAUUGGCUUUGAUCUUUUUUCUAAUAGCAUCUUCUAGGAGGUUGGACGUCUCAUGGGAUAACACUGCAGUUCUCCUGGUUCAGUAGCCUGAACAGUGAUUUUAAACGUCCCUUUUUCUGGAUCCUUUGUAAACAUGAAAUCAUUCCAUGGAUGGCUGCCUUAUAAUUUUAUCUCUUUCCACUUUAAUUGUGAAUGGUUAAAAAAAUUUUUUUGCUGUUUUCUGAUUUGUUUUAUGAUAUUAAAUUUUUAUUAGUGCGUA